AUUCAGUUCGUCUUGUUUUAAAUAAGUUUGCAGUUUUUGUUUUCAAUUAACGUUAAAAAGUGUCAGAUAGUUCAAAUUGAUAAAAAAUUAGUGGGAGGCUUUAAAAAAAUUUUGAAUUCGUCUAUAUUUCGUGUUUCGUCAGUAACCAUUAACUAGUCGAACCAGUCAGAACAAUUCAACCACAAAAGGUUAAAGUUUAACUUCAUAGUCAUCCCAAGGUCAAAGAAAAGUAAAAUUGAUUUAGCAACCAGUUAUAGGUACAUAUUUUAUUGCUGAGUUUAUUUCAGUAUCAGUUUUAUUUGGCUUGCAAAUAAUGGCUUUAUCCAGUAAAAUGUCUGAAAAAAAUGUGUUCGUGUAUGAACAGGAAUCACAGUCAGACAGGUUAGCAAGAAAGUCAAAAGAAACACCAGUUUUUCCAAUAGCUAUUGCUGGUUGUGUAGCAGCUGUUGCUUAUGGAGCAUACAAAUUCAAAAGUAGGGGUCAAAUGAGUCCUAGUGUGUUUUUAAUGCAAUUACGAGUAGGUGCUCAAGGUAUUGCAGUUGGUACACUCACUAUUGGUUUAGCAUACACAAUGAUACAAAAUAUCCUACACGAUUCAAAAAGUGAGCAAUAGUUAGUUAGCAAAAUAUAUUUUUCAGAAGUGAGUAUAUAAUUGCACCAGGUGUGCACUGUGAAAAUAAAAUUCCAUGUAAAUUGUAAUUUAUUUUUUUAGUUAUACUCAUACUUAUAACUUAUUGUGGACUAGUAUUGCAAAUGUUACGUUAAUGUAUUUAUUUAUAAAUAUACAUAAGUGAUGUAGACAAGUA